CAUUGGUACUGAUUCAGUUCGUUUUCCUCAUUAUGAUCGGCUGCGAUGUAAUUCACAACUAUAUCAUCAUCCUCAGACCCUCAACUUACACUCAUACAGACUAGGAUUGGCAUCUAUCAUGACAUCCACUACUUCGCCCAUCCGCAUCGCGCUCUUCCUCUGCGAUAAGCCCAUCGCCACCGUCCAAGCAACCGAUGGAGACUACACCUCGAUCUUCGACACACUCCUCCGCAAGUCUCUUCCGGCAUCGGAGGCGGGCGUGGAAUACUCGCUUGACCCGUAUGACGUCCGCGAGGCCCUGCAAUACCCGGAGAACAUCGACGACUAUCGCGCGAUCAUCCUGACGGGUUCUGCCGCGUCCGCGUACGAGAACCUCGAGUGGAUCAAUCGACUCGUGGAUUAUGUCCGCGAUGUCGCGACAAACAAGCCGCACAUAAAGUUAAUCGGGAUUUGUUUCGGUCACCAAAUCAUAGCGCGUGCACUAGGGGGCGAAUGCGUUCCCAGUGGCAAUUGGGAAAUCAGCAUCACAGAGCUCCAGCUCACUGAUAUCGGCAAGAAGCUCUUCGGUGCGGAUAGCCUGAACAUCCACCAGAUGCACCGUGACCACGUCCCCACCGUCCCGCCGUCAUUCCACCUCCUCGGCUCGACCAGCAUCACACCCAACCAGGGCAUGGUCCGUCUGCGUGACUCCGCCAACCCGGACGACUUCAAGCCAGAGGACGUGCAGAUAUUCACGGUCCAGGGGCACCCCGAGUUCACGGAGCGCAUCGUGACGAAGAUCAUCGACGCGCGGCAGGGUACGGGUGUGAUCGGCGGGGACAUCGCGGAGGACGGGAAGAGGCGGGUCGUGCUCAGGAAUGACGGCGUGGAUGUUGUCGGGAAUGUCAUCUGGCGAGUGAUAGGAGUAGGUUCCGAGGGCACUGGCAGCUAGCGGGUAAUACUUACAGUGGUCAGUUCGGUAUGUAUGGACGUAUGCUUAGCGAGUUGCAUGGAAAUUCCACUUGCUAGUGGGUCCUAUUACCGCGCUAGAAUACGGAUAAUGGAC